AUGUUCAGCAGAUCGCAAUUCCCCAUAAACGACCAGAGGUUUAAAAACAUAAUAUGUGAAAAAGCAUCGUUGCACGGGCACACCGAUUGUUUGAAACUCGCCCACGAGGUCGGCGUCCCUUGGGAAAGUUGUCCAGAAUGGGACGGCGAACGUACAGCGUGCGACAUAGCUGCGAAAUCGGGCAAUCUGGAGUGUCUAACAUACGCCUCGGAGAACGGGUGCACCUGGGAUACGACGACGUGCAGCAGAGCCGCUUAUGACGGUCACCUUGACUGCCUAGUUUACGCUCGGGAAAACGGAUGUCCCUUGAACAAGGAGACGUGCAACUAUGCCGCGAUGACCGGUCACCGGGAUUGCCUAGCUUACGCACGGGAAAACGGGUGCCCCUGGAACGAGGAGACGUGCUUCAGCGCCGCGGCCGACGGUCACGUGGAGUGUCUGGCAUAUGCACGGGAGAACGGGUGCCCGUGGGACCGAAUUACGUGCAGAGAAGCCGCGGCAGGUGGACAUUUGGACUGUUUGGUUUACGCUCGGGAAAACGGCUGCCCCUGGGACAAGGAAACGUGCAGAGAAGCCGCGGCAGGUGGACAUUUGGACUGCCUAGUUUACGCUUGA